AUGAACGUGAGUCAUUUUAUUCUGGGAGAUAAGUUCAUUUCUGUCAAACUAACUGACGUUUUUCUAUGCUAUCUCGUUUGCCUCAGCCAUGUUGACCUGUAUGAAACUUAAUUUUUACCAAAUUGCAAGAACGUGAGGCCGUAAUUUUCUAUAACCAUUAUGCCCAAGUGUGAUUUAAAAACAAGAUACAUACCAGCGACAUUUGCUUGGACACUAUUAAUUGUAGCAACAACUCUAUUUUUCUACUACCCAGCACAGUAUUACAUCCCGGAACACCCAUGGGUGCCAGCAUGUCAGGGUGUUAUAACGUUUUUCGUAUUAGCAAAUUUUACCCUUGCUACCUUCAUGGAUCCUGGUAUUAUUCCAAAAGCCCCUCCUGACGAAGAUAGAGAAGAUGAUUUUAGGGCACCUUUAUAUAAAAAUGUGGAUAUUAAUGGCAUAACUGUUCGGAUGAAAUGGUGUGUUACAUGUAAAUUUUAUAGGCCACCAAGAUGUUCACAUUGUAGUGUUUGUAAUCAUUGUAUAGAGACUUUUGAUCACCAUUGUCCAUGGGUGAAUAACUGCAUAGGAAGGAGAAAUUAUCGGUUUUUCUUUUUCUUUCUCAUAUCAUUAAGCUUACAUAUGAUUAGUAUAUUUUCACUAAGUUUAAUUUACAUUCUUAAUUGUAAGUGUGAUUUCAAGGAACCACGGCCAAUUGUAGCUAUGGUUUUAAUGGGCCUUGUUGGCCUUUUAUCAAUACCAAUUUUUGGUUUAACGGGAUUUCACAUGGUGUUAGUAUCACGGGGCAGGACGACGAACGAACAAGUGACUGGUAAAUUUAAGGGAGGAUAUAAUCCUUUUUCAAGAGGAUGCUGGGACAAUUGUUGUUAUACACAAUUUGGCCCACAGUUUCCAAGUUUGUUGAAACCUCAAAAGUACAGUGUACGUCGGGAGAACUUCACACACGGGCCAAUUGCAACCAUUACAAACGAAAGUCAGGUGAAAACUUACAUGGACAACAGUAAUGGUGUUAGAAAUAUUAAUUCCAACGCAUACAAUAAGAUGUCGCCGGGACGAGACGGCUGCGAGCUCGACAUGGAGCCUUCGGCAUCGCAGUCUCAAGACUGCGAACCGACUCCACCCCUUCAGCGACACGGUUCCAAGAGCAAUUUCUUUUUGCCUCCGACGGCAAUGGAUACGGACUCACCGCGACAUCCGCGUGCCGCAGCGCAUUAUCCCCGCAACAGUCCGCAUCCGAGACCCCGCGGUCUCGACCCCGUGAGGGGCCACACCCCGGACGGCGGGUUGGGUCCUCAGCGGCCGUCUCCCACCAUGCAGCAGCGCAUCAAAGCUCUUGGUGUGCCGACGCCGCUCACAAUGUCUAGUCCAGUACGGAGAUCGAAUCCCAGUACUCCAACGCAACCGCGCAGGCCCGACUUCAUAGGAGUCUCAUACUCGAAUCAGUCGGGGCCGUACUAUGAAUUUCAGCCACAGGACAACAACGCGCAGCGACCAAUGAUAUCACAAGGCUACGGAAGUCCUCAACGCCGGUUUAUGUCCGAAGGUGAGUUGGUCAGGCAGGAGGCGCAGCUGUCUUAUCCGCGCUCAAACAAUACAGUGGACAACAUCAGGGAGUUGGCCAACUCGCCGCAACGCGGCGUCUACAUGUGGAAGGACACGUCCCCCGGCUACCCACCGCCGACUCAACAUCCCGACUUCUAUCGAUCCAACCCGACCAGCCCCACCCAACAGGGAUACGCCCCGCCCCCCCGCGCUUACCACCCGCCGGUCAGGGGCGGCGUGCCGGUGUAUCCGCCGCAAAGCCCGCAGGUGCACAGGAAAAUGCAAAUGAGUGCGCCGGUGGCGACCGCCACGAUGCCCGACAAUCGACGGCGGCCGAUGUCGUUCGUUCGGGCCCUCGAAAUGUCGGACUCGGUCGACAUGAGCCCGCAGAACUCACAGUGCUCGCAGCACAUGACCCAACGGCCAUCCACACCGGAUCGCACUAGCGUGUACGACAUGAACUACGAAAUAUCGGUAUAGGGCCGGUGUCGGCACUCUCGCCCCGCCGAAUGAGUGCUGCUAGUUUCUCUGCAUCAGAGACCCUUCGCAACGUGGUAAACAUUCCGUUUACUUGUGUCAUCCUCCUCAAAAUGAACCUUGUAGUGUGUGUAAUAUAUCUGAAUGUUAUUUGUUGUUUACCCAAAAGAAUAGAACCGUUCAAAGUCAGAUCAGGCAGUAGACGUUUGUAAGGAAGUUAUCAAAGAAUUACUGUACAUUAUUUACAUUUUAAAAUAAUUUUGUAGUCGUCCAAUUCGAAAUUAAUUAUGGACUCUAAUGUCUGGUGUUACUAACAUGGUUCAAAUUGUUUAUCAUAUUUUAUAUUAUUUCUCGUACAGCCUUGUGUUGUUGUUUUGUUGAUGUUUAACUAAUUGUUUUUUUAAUUAUUGACUCCCUAUAUUCAAGAUCAAAACCAAGUCCUGACUGUAUUCUAAAAUACUAACCAAAACAAAGAAAUGUGCAGCUCAGGAGAUUUGUUUUACAUUGAGAUUUUGUUCGCUGUAAGUUUAAAACAUAUGGUGUAAAUAUAUAAGCAAUUUAGUACAA